AAUAGUGACUAUGUUUGCCAAGCAUGCUGGGACUUGGCUCAAAGCCGAUAUAAUGAUGGAGAAAGACAACUUGGCCACCGUAAUGUUUGUCUUCGCUGUGGACGUUCUCUUGCUUCAGCACGAGUUACUCAUUUACUCCACACUAACUCCCAUCGUGAACUGAGAAUAUAUAAUGUUAUACGAGAGUGGAUUAUACCUCGAGCUGUACCAGAAGAUGGUCGCAUAUGUCAUACGUGCUGGGUGGCUGCAGACAGAGCUGCUGUCCAUAUGAUCUCAGGACCAUCAACUUCAUCCCAAGGAAUACCCCCUGAAGAAAUACAGCCAGAGACACAACAUCCAAUCACCGAGUCUCCUGAUCAAACACAGCCACAGGUACAAGAUCUACCUAUUGUGCCUGCAAAUGAAGGUGUUAAUCAACCGGAACCCACUAUCGUAUUACCAGAAUACAUGAGAGCUAUGGAAACGGAGAAUAGGUGCUUCAUUGAAGGAUGCCAGAGAACAGAAAGGUACAGAGUUCCGCUUUCUACAAGGAAAAUGUUAUUAAACCAAUACAAAUAUUAUAUCCCUCAAAAUAAUCGCCUUUGUGAUCAACAUUUGGUUAUUGAAGCUUGGGAUUUUCUGGAUAGUUUGAGAUCCCAUUAUCUUCAGACUUUUACUGCUAAACAUAUCCAGGACAUGUUGUCCUUAAAAGAAGUAGUAGAUUCCGGACUACUGCGGUUUGAAAACAUUGAUGACAUGGAAGACAAUGUUAUCCAUACAUGGAUUGGAUUGAAUAAAGCGCAGUUCAAUCAAAUGUUCACUGAAGUCCCUCAGUUAUUGGAGAUACCAAAAGCAACCGUAGCUUUAGCGGCUUACCUAAUGAAACUCAGAACCGGUGACUCCAAUGAAAGGUUGGCAACUUUGUUAAAAGUUUCUAGGCGAACCCUAGAAAAGUGGCUGCACCAAGUAAGAGAUCUUCUCACAGAAUAUUUUGUGCCAAGAAAUCUAGGCCUUAAUCACAUAAAUAGGCAGCAAUUGGUAGAAAGAAACCUUUCAAUACCUCAAUCAUUGUUUGGUAACUUUGAAGGAGUUGACAGACCAAUUGUCAUCUUUGAUGGAACUUAUUGUUAUAUUGAGAAGAGUUCCAACUAUAUGUAUCAAAAAAAAACUUACAGUAUGCAUAAAUAUAGAAACUUAAUGAAACCAUUCCUUAUGGUUUGUACUGAUGGACAUAUUAUUGAUGUUUUGGGUCCAUAUCCAGCCACAACAUCGGAUGCCGAUAUUAUGAAAAAUGAAUUUUCAAAUGAAACAAAACCAUUACGGGAAUAUUUUAAUGAAGGUGAUGCCUUCGUAUUGGAUAGAGGUUUCCGUGAUUCUUUACCUUUGUUACACCAAUGUGGUUAUAGGACUUACGUGCCUGCUUCAUUACAGGAGGGUGAAACUCAGCUUUCUACAGCUGAUGCAAAUAAGUCGAGAGCAGUCACCAUAUGCCGUUGGGUUGUUGAGGUUGUUAACGGGAGAUUUAAGAGAGAUUUUAAGUUAUUACGUCAAAACUAUUUUAAUGUAGCGAGUAGAAGUUUUAUGAAAGAUUUUGAGGUGGCUGCUUCUCUUUUAAAUAUGUUUCACCCUCCCAUAGUAGAUCGUGUAGAUGCUGGGGAAAUAAUUGAGCAAAUAAAUAUUUUCAUGAACACCGAAAACGAAUUGGCAGAUUUUAUUAUAACAAACAAUUAUAAUAGGCGUCGAGCCAACUUUGAAACAAUUACUGUACAAAAUGACAACUUGAAUGAUUUUCCUCAGCUCACACAUAGUCAACUUAUACUAAUUUCUUUGGGCACAUAUCAAAUAAAGCAGGCACGCUCCUAUUAUGGUGAACAUGUACGAGGGAAUGAUGGUUUUGUAAUAGAAGUGUGCAGGGAGGUCAGCAGCAGCCUACUUCGAGAGCUGUCUGCUUCUAAUACAUCGUGGCUACUUCGAGGACGAAUUCAGUCCAGACAUAUUAGUCGAAAAACAUAUUUUAUUUAUAUUUUAGUCGACAGCUCUCGAAGAGGAAGGGAAGCAAUACUAAAACAUUAUUGUAACUGCAUUGUAGGCAGACGAACUGUAGGCUGCUGCGCCCAUAUCAUGUCGAUAAUAUGGUACCUUAGCUGGGCGAGGUACCAAGACCAUUUAGUACCACCUGCACAGUUCUUAGAUGAUAUUUUAAUUAGUAUCCAUAUGUCAUACAUGCUGGGUGGCUGCAGACAGAGCUGCUGUCCAUAUGAUCUCAGGACCAUCAACUUCAUCCCGAGGAAUACCCCCUGA